AUGGACAAAACUGACGUCGAGGUGAUUGACCUUACUGGUUCUACACCUAAAUCUCCAACACUCCCAACAACCAGAACAGGCGUCAGAUCUUUACGGAAGCAGAAACGACCACACACAGACCUGAACCUGACUCAAGGAGCUGCAAACGAAACGAUAAUCAUUCUAGAUGGAGACGAAGAACCAUCGUCGGUGCCAUCUUCCGGACCCGAGAAAAAGCGAAGAACCAGGAAAAAGAGGAAGAAACCGUUGCUGCCAGAGAACGAAAUCGCAGACGAUGCUGAAGACGGAGAAAUAGUGCAAUUGCCACGAGAGGGGCAGACCACCUCAUCCUCUUCUCUGUUCUAUCUCGAUGACAAACCGGAUACACUGCCAGAAGCAUCACACGAGCAUGGAGCUACUUCCAAUUCUAUGGCUCUGGAAGUAGCUGAAACGGAAGCUCUUCUGCUUCUUGAUCAUGUUACUCUCAGCGUUGCUCAGAAUAACAGCGUUGCGUUGAAAAUGAAAGAAGCGGCUAUGAUUGACUCGGACACCGAUGACUUCAUUCACUUCGCUGACGCCGAGCUAAAUCUGUUUACAAGGUACUACGAAGAACAGAAAGAUGAUCAUGUCAGGAAAGCACACUUAGUUUGUGGUCAAUGUGGUGCAGAAGGGGAUCAUAGACAAGCAGACUGUCCAGUUGUAGUCUGCCUUACAUGCGGAGCACACAAUGAACACUCGACUCGGCAGUGUCCUAUUGUCAAAACGUGCUUUUCAUGCGGCAUGAAAGGCCAUAUAAACAAAGACUGUCCGAAUAAGUUUAUGUCUCGCCAGAUGACGGAUAGAUACUAUGAUUGCAGCCGGUGUGGCUCGAUUCUGCAUAAAACAAGGGAAUGUCCAACGUUGUGGAGAAUGUAUGACUACAUGGACGAUACAGAUCGCGAUGUGACGCUAAAGAUGAGAAGAGAAAAGGAGAAUCUCCCGGUUGGACAAGGCGGCGAGGGCUACAUCGGCGAAGAUUAUUGGUGCUAUAAUUGUGGAGCCUCAGGUCAUCUUGGCGACGACUGUCACGUAGAACCGCUUAAUCCUGAUGCAAAAGAACCCUCUGCAUUUGGCUCGUACAACACAAUGUCUGGACCUUUCGCGGAUAAAGAAUUUGCGCCGUCAGACCGGCGUAAACUCCGACGAGAAUGGGAAUUGAAGGGUAAUUUCGAUGACGGAUAUGGUUUUGCUGGCCCAAGCGACGUCGGGAAACGUGGACGUGAUAAAGAAAGGAACCGGAUGCGCCGUCGGGAAAAGGAGACCCAGGAAGUCGACGAUGUCUACGAUGGCGACGACUGGUUCGGUAGUCGACAACGUUCCGAGACUCGACAGCGACUCUCGCAGAAUGCGAAACGCGGAGAACCUACUGGGAAAAUUGUUUUAAAGCUCGGCAGUGCAAGCGGUUCCUACAAGGACGAGCAAAGGCCUGCUGAUAGACUCCUAGACCGCAUUUCCGACCAUGCGAAAAGGGAUAGUAGAGUGGCUCGGAUAGAAGACCGAAGGUCUGCAUCCCCAAGCAGUGACCAUACCUCCAGGCGGCGGCGACAGGAUGAUGCGUUAAGACGCGAGCGUGGUCAGAAAGGUGAUCGGGAACGAGGAGAUAGAAAUAGAGCUAGAGACAAAGGGAGGGAUGAAGGCAGACACAGGGAGAGAUACAUUCAGAACUCUGAAGGAAACGCAUUUCGACAACGAGUGGAGAGCAAGAAACGUGACCAAGAUAAAUCAGGUCGUCAAUACUACGGCGGCUAUGCUCGAUGACCACCUGCCCGUUUGUGUAUUGUCUUGUUUGAAUUGGCAAGGCCUUGAUGCGUACGGAUUUUGACUGGGCUGACUACCUAAUUGCAGAAAUCUAUAUGACGUUGACGCAUCGGUUUCUGAGAAUAUUGCUUCAUGUCAUUGACUUGGACUAAGUCCACCAAAUCAUAGGGUGAUAAAUCAAGUCAAGUACAGUUUCUGCGAUCCAAAGUUGAAUGGUCAUUUGGUAUAUGUAUCCGUUUUAUGCAAGUACCUGUUGUCAGCUUUCAAGUAAUAGGCUGACGCAGCCUACUUGCACCGUCAGCCAGUCGCCUAGCCCUUAUAACAAUUUGCCUUUUCAAACUACCGCGGAAUUAUAUCCUUGUCUCUUACUCGUAUUACAUCCCC